UUGUUUGAUAUUAUCGAAAUGUCCAUGCCCAGAAAAUUUGAUAAUCCUGAGAAUUAUUUUGAGUCAGUAGUCGACUUUUUAAGUUCCUACUCUUGGGUUUAUCGCAGGGCUAACACAGAAUGUCUUGUUUCAAUAGACUCAAUGCCACAGGAUUUCAAAAACUAUUUUCUUGCAGUAUCAAACGAAAUGCUUAAUGAAUUUCCAUUUUUUCACGAGAAUUUUGACGCGUUUCCCGCAUCAUUAUUAAUUUUUCGGAAAGAACUAGCUCGUUUAACACCAGAAGAAACGUUCGAAAACAUCUUUUUGGAAGCAACGGGUCGACAACCCAUCAGUAAACUAAGGAUACCGAAAAAAAAACAACAUGAAAUUAAACACUUUGCCACUCACAUUAACGCUAAUUGCCUAGAAGCGCAAAUUGUGGUUGACUUGGGCUCAGGAUUGGGCUACCUAAGUCAAGCAUUAUACGAACUGAAUAAAAAUUACUUAAUACUUGGAUUGGAAGCAGAUAAAACACGUGUGGAGACGGCACGAAACCGGUGCCGUCAGUGCUUACCACCGGCAGCCACAAAGUCAAUUAGCUACGAGCAAAAAUUUGUUGACGCUAACUCAGGGGUUUAUAUUGACAAACACUCAUUAGAACUAGCGAAAAAUAACGGAUGCUUGGAGGUGAAAAAUAUGUCAAUAAUAGGCUUGCAUGCUUGUGCAGAUUUAAGUAUUAACGCAAUGCGAUUAUUUUUGAAAAUGGAUCGUGUGAAAAGUAUUCACAUUAUUCCCUGCUGCUACCACAAAUUAGCUUUGCAAUUUGAUUGCGGGGGAACUGAUAACACCGAUCAGAACAAUUUCGUGAAUUUUCCGCUUAGCAUUGCCCUGCGCAAGGCGGUGAAUGCAUGUAAACGAGAAUUAUAUCUUAAUCGUCCGUUUCUUAGACUAGCGUGCCAGCAAACUCGAGCUCGCUGGCGGCGAACAAGCUGUGAAGAACAUGCUGAGCACGGAUGUCGGAUGUACAUGCGUGCACUGGCGGAUUCCGUUCGAUACUCAAACGAAUUGGUAAAACCAAGAAAGCGUUCCCUUCCGGAUCAUGAAAAUCAUUCUUCUUUUUGGGAGCUUGUAAAAAGAUUUCAGUUGUUCUCAAAGAACACAGGCACACCGAUGGAAUGGCAACCAAUACACAGAGAGCGCUUUCAAGAAAUAAGCGAAAAAUACACAGACAGACAAGGUCCCCGUCUAGCUGAGGGUUUGCAAUGCAUGCAGACCGCCAUGCAGAAGCUCUGUGAGAACGUGAUAUUAUUUGACCGAUUGUGUUAUCUUCAGGAAGCUGCUGCCGAACACAAAGUGCAUGUAAGGGUGCGAUAUGAACAAUUGCUUGAUGAAAAGGUAUCGCCUCGAUGCCAUGUUCUUGUUGCCGAAAAGUUGUCCUAAUGCGGGCAAAAACUUCUGGCAGUCAGUGUGCCAUUUUGGUGGCCGUACGUCAGAUUUUCACAUGGCUUUGUUGCCUGCGCCCAGCAUUAAUACAAUUAACUGGCACUCUGUUUUAUGUUUACAUUUUUAUUUUAAGCAAGGAUGUAGGAGGAUGGCCCUUAUAUAAAAAGAGCACUGUCUGUUGUCAUCAAUUAAAAUCUAUACGAGCUUCGCAA